UCUCUCGAAUCGUUUAGCACGGCAACAAACUAAUUGAAAUCAAGUUUUUUUUUCACAAUUGAAAAGACAUGAAGAAAAUGUCGCUCUACGGUAAUUGUUUAUCGUAUUUCAAAACUAUCAGUUUUACCCAUGUAUAUGUGUCGCAUGCACAUACAAACGAAAGACACUCCGAACAUUAAGUUGAAAAAAAAAAACGUUCGCAGAAAGUGUGUUGGUCGAACAACAGCCAAAGCAAGUAGCUAAACCGUUGUUGCACCGAUUUGCUUUGAACUUACACUUGAAACGCAGCAAUGACAAUCAACUUAACUAGUUAGCACGACAUUUAAAAGUUUUAUUGUUUAUAUUGUAUUGGUGUAGUGGUCGGGACUUUUUAAGCGACUCAUCACACAACUUGCAACUGAUGGUGUUUAUCGAGACAUUUAUAAAUAAAAUAAAUAAAUAGCAGUGUUUUCUUCUAAACAGAUACUAUUCGAUCUUGAAGAAUUUUUGUUACAUCAAACUAGAAUGAUAUUGAAAAUAAUGGGAAAGCGCACGUUAUAUUUAUUUGUGAUAGUUUUGUGUUGUUUAUUUCAAUUGGGUUUGAUGCAACAAUAUCGCAGAAAAAUUCAAAGUGAAACACGCAUAAAAUUGCCAAGCGACAUUGCAUUUACGCACGAAAGCAAUGGAGAUAUUGAGGGUGAAGCUUGUUUUAAUUUGGUUCGUCAUACAAACGGUAUUUGUACGUUGCCGAAUCAAUGUCCAGAGGCGAUACGUGAUUUUCAAAAGGGAAUUCAACCGCAGAUUUGUAAUUACAAAGGUCAUUUACCAAUCAUUUGCUGCCCACGUUCAAAAAAACCGGUCAACGUUCCCAUCCAAUUUCCCAUAUCGUCAACUUUGAGACCUGCAGCACAACCGAACAUUCCAUUAACACCAAUACCAACGGAAACCGUAUCAUCGUUGCCAGUAAAUCCACCAUCACCAUCACCACCACAACCUUCAUCACCCAAUUCUGACAAAUCAUCACGCGUCAGUGAACAGAAAUGCAAACAAUAUAUGAAAUUAAUGAUUGAAGAAAGUGUUGUUACUACAUUAUCACUGAAUCCGGAAAAUCGAACCGUACAAAAAACCAAAUGUGCCAAAUCAAGUAGCGAAGGAUUUAUAGUAGGUGGAAUGAAAUCUGAAGCAGGUGAAUUUCCGCACAUGGCUGUUAUUGGGUGGCAACAAGAUGAAAAUGGUCCAAUCAAUUGGAAUUGUGGCGGUUCGUUAAUAAGUUAUCGUUUUGUUCUCUCAGCGGCUCAUUGUGUUUCCUGGCGUGGAAUAAAACCGAAAAUUAUUCGAUUGGGUGCACAAAAUCUUAAUAAAUCACAUGAUUCUAAUGUUGUUGAUUUUGGCAUAGCACAAGCAAUGCGUCAUCCGAGCUAUAAACCUUCAUCAAAAUACCAUGAUAUUGCUUUAUUCGAAUUGGAUCGAGACGUUCACAUAAGUGAUUACAUUAGACCAGCUUGUUUAUGGCAACGAUUUGAUGUUAAUUAUACGAGUGGAGUUGCAACUGGCUGGGGAUUAACUCGCGAUCGAGGCCGUCCAUCGGACGAAUUGCUUAAAGUUCAAUUAAAUAUCAUUACAAAUGAACGAUGUGAUGGGUUUUACCAACGAUUUGGUGCUUUGAAAAAUGGCAUAAUCGACUCACAAUUUUGUGCCGGUCAUGAUACCGAAGAAAGAGACACGUGCAACGGAGAUUCAGGCGGUCCAAUGCAAGUUGCAACACCGAACUCAGACUGCACAUAUCAUUUGAUUGGCGUAACGAGUUUUGGCCAGGGUUGUGGAAAUGGAUAUGGCGUUUAUACACGCGUUUCAGAGUAUUUAGAUUGGAUUGAAAGUGUUGUUUGGAAAGAUUCAAACUAAUUAUACGGAGUAGGACAUGAAAAUUCAAUUGAUUUCAUCUGAUUGAAACAAUUAUUUUCAUUUUAUAAAUUUAAAGAUACUGAAUAUUCUUUUUUGACAUUUACUAUUUUAUGGUAUGCAUAAUGUUUGCAUAAACUCUAUUUUCA